AUGGUCAAGACUUCCGUCCUCAACGAUGCCCUCAACGCCAUCAACAACGCCGAGAAGAGCGGCAAGCGCCAGGUCUUGAUCCGUCCUUCUUCCAAGGUCAUUGUCAAGUUCCUCUCUGUCAUGCAGAAGCACGGUAAGUCUUGUUCACUCGACAACAUCAUGCGCCAGUCCGGAGCAGCAAGAGGAGGAUUGUACAUAGAACAGCAACAACAACACCCGGGUUGA